CAGAGUGGCGCGCUUCUCUGGAUGCUUGGACUUUUUGCACCAAAACAUUGAUGGUUUUUCGCCCUAUAAACGUCUCAUUUUUCCCGUAAAACGAACCAAGGACUGUGCCGUUAUCUGGGAUUAAAUACGUGAACAUUUUUCAGGUAUAUUUUUUGAUUUUGGGGCAGCAUGCUGCUCUCUAAACUGGGCUCCUUCUCACAUCGCGGCCAGCAUGGACAUGCCGGCGAAGCUGCAGCAAGCUAAAGUGGAGAAGCAGCCGUUUGAGAAGGUGUACCGGCUGGGCUCGGUGCUCGGUAGCGGGGGAUUCGGCACGGUUUACUCUGCUGUCCGCCUGGCCGACGGGCUGCCGGUGGCGGUGAAGCAUGUCUGCAGGGACAGAGUGACCGAGUGGGGCUCUCUGAGCGGCACCGUGGUUCCUCUGGAGAUCGUGCUGCUGAAGAAGGUUGGCGGAGCGUUUGGAGGCGUAGUGCGGCUUCUCGAUUGGUGGGAGCGGGCCGACGGAUGGCUGAUGGUGAUGGAGAGUCCAGAAUCGGGGCAAGACCUGUUUGAUUAUAUAACCGAGCAGGGCGCAUUAGAGGAGGCGGCGGCACGAGGAUUCUUCCUGCAGGUGCUGGAGGCCGUGAGGCACUGCUACACCUGUGGAGUCGUCCAUCGAGACAUCAAGGACGAAAACCUGCUGGUGGACCUGAGGACCGGACAGAUCAAACUCAUCGACUUCGGAUCAGGAGCCCUGCUCAAAGACAGCGCCUACACCGAGUUCGAUGGUACGCGGGUGUACAGUCCGCCCGAGUGGAUCCGUUUCCAGCAAUACCACGGCCGCUCGGCCACCGUCUGGUCGCUGGGCGUGCUGCUGUACGACAUGGUGUGCGGAGACAUCCCCUUCGAACAGGACGAGGAGAUCCUGAGAGGGCGGGUCUACUUCAGACGCCAGAUCUCCUCAGAAUGCAAGCAGCUGAUUGGUUGGUGUCUGAGCCAGCAGCCGUCGGACCGACCAACCCUGGAGCAGAUCUUCCUCCACCAAUGGGUGACGGGCAGCGAGGUGCAGCACACAGACAGCAUCACGCUACACACCAUCACAGCAGACUCGUCGUCCUCGUCGUAG